GAUAAGUCCGCGGUCACAUUGAGAGUUUUUUUUUGUUGUUUCCCACGGUUCCCCCGUUAUUUCCGAUACAUCCGCGGUCACGAAACAAUAUUAAAUGGCAGUAUCUACUCAGAACGAGACAUGUCAGCAGCAGCAGCAGAAGCAGCAGCAACAGCAGCGGACGCAGCACUAGAGCAGUAAGCCCAGACGGAGCGGAGCAUCCAUAGAUUCAGUUUCAGUUGCAGUUCCAGUCCAAAUCCAUCCAUACAGCUGUGGUUGCAGCAGCAAACCAGCGUACCAUCCAGCGUAUCUAGCCCUCCUCCAACCCUAUGCAGGCCAUGAACUCAAAUUCCUGCAGCGACGGCAGCAACGAUUCGAUGGCCAAUCCGAUGCAAAUGAACUUUGGACAGCCGCAGCUGCAGUCGCUGCAGCAGGAGCGCUACGUGUGGGAGAUGCGAACGCGCAGUCCGAAUGUGACGCCCGCCAGCACAGUGCUCAACUCACCAGACCUGAAUACCGAGCUGCCGUACGCACCGAUGCAGGGCCAGUCGCCGGGACAGUUGUCCAUGGGCUAUGGGGAAACUGGCGGACAGAUGGCCUCCUCCUACUACUACCAGCGGCCGCAUCUCCAUCAGAUUCGUGUCGGUCGCAGUCCGGGCAGCCAGUUCGAUGCCCACGAAUCAUCCCUGCCACAGGGUCGUGCCAGUCCUGGCUCGCCAACGGAUGUGGGCAAGGCCGAUGGUCAGUGCCUGAGGGAUGGCGAAAUUGUUGUCUUUGACGACAUCGACACCAACUGGAUGAACAAGGCCGUCCCGGCGAUGCGCUCAGACAGCCAGGAGGACAUACUGAAGGUGACCAAAAUGAUUGGCCAGCUGCCCAUAGCCGAGUACGAGGGAUCGCCACGACGCUUUGGCAACCAGCCGGCGGCAGCGGCGGUGGCCGCGAGCGCCGCAUUGAACAGCGGCUCACGCAAACGUCCGCCAGGCUUUCCACAGCGCGUCUCGCCCACCACAAGCGGUGGCGGCGGCGGGGGCAACAGCAAUGUGGCCGGCAAGGCAUCGUCGGGCAAUCUGAUAGAUCUGAUCGAUCACGAAGAGGACAGCAGCAGGAUGGCAGCGGCAAGAGAGAGAGAGAAAACACCAGCAUUCGAUUAUUUGUACGAGUUCUCGGAGACGCGCAAGGUGCUGGAGGAGUUCUUCAAGGCCAAUCCCGAUGAUGAGAAACGUUUCGCGGACUACACCACAGAGAGCGGCGAUGAAGUGCCCAAUACGCAUCAGCAGGAAUAUCCGGCAACGACACCCAUGGAGCAGGCAUACAUUGGCCAGCGGCUGGCUAGGAUACCCAAAGAAGAGCUUUAUAUGGUUCAUCGUUCGCCCAGCAAGAAGCAGCAGCAGCCACCCAGUGAACACAACGUCUGUGUGCCGACUGUGUAUCAGGAGCAGCACAACGAUAUUGAGCUGUAUAUCGAUUCGAAUAGUCGCAGCAGCGGCGAUCUGGCGGACACCGAACUGGAGGCAAAUCUGCGACGACAUUCGCGCAACUUUACCCUGUCGCCGGAGACAACGGAUUACGAUUCGAAUUGCGGCGAUCUGGAUAGCCUGUCGAAUGACAUCAACUGCCCCACAGACUAUGGCAAGCUGUACACGAGCAUGCCCGUGCUGGAGGAUGGCCUUAGUAGCGGCCAUGCCUCCGAUACGGAGAACAAUGUAUCUGUUAUUUGUGACAAGACACAACAGCAGCAGCCGCAGCAGCAGCAACAGCAGCCUCAACAGCAACAACAGCCCGUCCACGAGCACAAUGGCAAUGCAAAUGGGCCGAUAAAUGGUGAACGAUUGGAGAACGAAUAUAAUAAUAGUGCCAGCCUGGCGACUGUCACAACCGAUGCCUCACAAUCGGCGCUGAUAAGUGACUUUGCCUCGCUGCCAAUGCCAAUGCCACCGCCACCGCCACUGCCUGUUAUUUGUGACACUGCCUGCACACCGCCGCAGAUUGAACUGCCAGACACGAACAGCCACGAAUCCAUGCAUGCCGAGCAGGCGGUCACAGCAGCGGCAGCAACAGCAGCAGCAGCAGUGGAUAGCGAUUGCUGCCCCAUUGAGCAAUCUCAUUAUGGAGCUGUCUAUGCAGCAGGCAGUGGCAGUGGCAGUGGCAGUGCCGUCCAGCAGUCGGCCACUGCGGCAGUGGAGAUCCAGGAGGCCAUGAAGGAGAUACGCACGGCCCUGCAGCGGGCCAAGACGCAGCCGGAUAAGCUCAAGUUUUGCGACGAAGUGCUGCCAACCGAACCGGAAUCCCCCGUGUGGGUGCCGCGCAAAUGUGCGGCGGCAACAGCAACGCCAGUCACAGCCACAGCGGCGCUGGAGGAGGAGCCGGAUACCGAUCUGGAAACGGAUCGAUUGCUGGGCCAGCAGCGCCACGAGGAGCAGGACUUUUUUUCCGAUCAGCCCCAGGCGCCAGAUAGCAAUGCCAACGAGGGAACGGAAAUAGCCAGCAAUGGACAUCUCAAUGGCGGCUGCAUUGACAACAAUAAUCCCAAGCCGCAGACCUAUUCGACGGCGACCAUACGGCAGGGUAUCGGCACCUCCCUGACGCCCAAUUCGCCGGACAUUUGCCAGAUUGUGGGCACGGCGGACAUAACGAUCAGCGGCUCACCGGAGAAGCUGCAGUUCACCAAGAGUCCGACGGGAUCCAUUAAGUCGCUCAAGGACUCGGCGAAUGGCGACAAGAAGGCCGCCAAGUCGCGCAACAAGGAGGGUCUAUUGGAACCCAAAGUGCUCAUUGAGGGCGUGCUCUUCCGAGCCAAAUAUCUGGGAUCGACGCAGCUCGUGUGCGAGGGCCAGCCAACCAAAUCCACGCGAAUGAUGCAGGCCGAAGAGGCUGUCUCACGGAUUAAGGCACCCGAGGGCGAGAGCCAGCCGAGCACGGAGGUGGAUCUGUUCAUAUCAACCGAGAAGAUAAUGGUGCUAAACACAGACCUCAAGGAGAUCAUGAUGGAUCAUGCCCUGCGCACCAUUUCCUACAUAGCCGACAUCGGGGAUCUGGUGGUGCUGAUGGCCCGUCGCCGGUUCGUGCCCAACAGUUUGGGCGAUUCAAAUCCCAGCCCCGGUCCAAAUACGCUCGGAGAUGUCUCCAAUUCGAUGGCAGCGGCCACGAGCGGCGAGGCAGCUGACUGCUCGCCACCAAAGGAGCCCUCGCAGGUGCUUCACAGCAAGCACAAUCGCACGCCGAAGAUGAUCUGCCAUGUGUUCGAGAGCGAUGAGGCUCAGUUCAUAGCCCAGUCGAUUGGCCAGGCCUUCCAGGUGGCCUACAUGGAGUUCCUCAAGGCCAAUGGCAUCGAGAACGAGAACCUGGCCAAGGAGAUGGACUACCAGGAGGUGCUCAACAGCCAGGAGAUCUUCGGCGACGAGCUCGAGAUAUUCGCCAAGAAGGAACUGCAGAAGGAGGUUGUCGUGCCCAAGGCCAAGGGCGAAAUCCUUGGCGUUGUCAUCGUCGAGUCCGGCUGGGGCUCUAUGCUGCCCACGGUCGUGAUUGCCAAUCUAAUGUCCACCGGGGCAGCUGCCCGUUGCGGCCAGCUGAACAUUGGCGACCAGCUGAUAGCCAUCAAUGGCAUGAGCCUGGUCGGUCUGCCGCUCUCCACCUGCCAGAGCUACAUACGCAAUGCCAAGAAUCAAACUGCCGUCAAGUUCACCGUUGUGCCCUGUCCCCCCGUCGUCGAGGUGAAGAUACUGCGGCCCAAGGCCCUCUUCCAGUUGGGUUUCAGUGUCCAGAAUGGCGUGAUCUGCAGUCUGCUGCGCGGUGGAAUCGCCGAGCGUGGCGGUGUCCGUGUGGGUCAUCGCAUCAUCGAGAUUAACAAUCAGAGUGUGGUGGCCGUGCCCCACGAUACCAUUGUCAAGCUCUUGUCAUCCUCUGUGGGCGAGAUCCUGAUGAAGACCAUGCCCACGUCCAUGUUUCGUUUGCUCACUGGCCAAGAGACGCCAAUCUAUAUAUAAAAAUAUGUAACUGCUCACACACGACUUGCUCCGCCCCCCCUCCCGCACUCCGUUGGAAGCACUGUAAAACCUGUAAAUGCACUCGAUGGCUCGUCAAUUGGCAGGAGGAGCCGCAACUGUGUGGAAUCGAUCGGAGCGAUAAACUGCACCUAGAAUCGAUCCCAAAUCGAACUCUUAAUUGAUGAGCGAGCUCAGAAUUGAUCAACUUCGAAGUUGAGCAGCUUUAAAGCAGCAAUGCAAAUCAUAUUUGAUGCCUCUGUGAAACGAAACAAUGCAAAAUCGAUUAACUUUCGAUGUAAAUCGAUGAAUCCGAGCCCGAGCCCGAGCAUUGUUGAAGCCGAUGGAAUGGAUCGAACUACAACAUUUGAAUCAGUCUCAGUUAAUGUUUGCUCUUUGGUUGCUUGGCUUCCCUUCCGUUCCCGUUCGCAUUGAUCGUUUCCCCCUUUUUUGUAUAUUAAAAAGACUGAAUUUUGAGAGAGAGAGAGAGUGUGUGCGUGCGUGCGUGCGUGCGUGGAUGAGCGGAUGGAUGGGUGUGUGUGAGUGCUACUCAGUGGCUAUGUACACUGUUCAGCAAAGUACUCAAAUUGUAAAGUACUUAACCAACCUACUGUCUCUUGUGUCCACCCCUCCACCCAACCCAAAACACACCCCUCCCUCCCCACAGGUAGAACAAUAGUUUAAGCAUUCGAUUGAAUUUACUUGGCAAGCAAUUAAUUUAUUAGCCUACGAUAUGUAUGAUUUCCAUGUAAAUGAACCCCAAGGCUUACCGUAUUUAAUAUUAUUUUUUUAACUACAUUUAUAAUUUCGAUGAAAAGGAAACAAAACAAAACAAAAAACACUUUAUGCCAAAAAAGAAAUACGCUAUAAGGGAAUAUGUAAUGUACGCGAUAAGCUGAGAUUUCGUUGAAUUUUUAUUGUAUAGAGAGCCGUUAUGGAUUAUUAUUGCAAUACCGGAGAUAUCAUAAUUAUAUUUAUAGCAUAGCAUUUAGUAACCAAAGCCAUGCAUGCCUGCAACAACCACAAAACCCGCAAAAAUAACACUACAAAAUAAUAAAAUAAAAAAAAAAAAAAAAAAAAAAAUGCAUUUAAGAGCGUCAAAGUUAAGCGAAUGUUUAAGAUUCUGUAUUCUACUAUCUGUAUAUGUACAAGAAAUCAAGCACACUUCUCGAUCAAUCGAAUUAUUGCCAUACACACGAGUUGCAUGCAUAUAUAUAUAUGUAUAUGUUAAUGUAUAUGUAUGUAUGUACGCUUUGCAUAGGAGUAAUUGUAUUUGUAUUUGAUGUAAAGAUGAAUCGAAAACAAUAAGCAAAAAAGCAAAAGUAAUACGAAGAACAAUAAUUUCAGCAUUGUCUAGUUUCUGUUAAGCGAGAGGAUACAUAUAUAAGAAAGGAAUGAGCACAGGAUCUCACAUCAAUGAUAACGAGAGCGAGUGGCAGCAGCGAGAAGAGAAUAGCGAGAGACAGAGAGAGAGCUUAUUUUUGCAUAUUUAAAAUCAAUGAAGAUAAAGAGGAAGACAAAGAUGAACAAAGCAAACAGCAAAUGAACAAAAAGCUAAUAUUGAAAUCCACAUAUAGACAUACAUACAUACAUAUGUACGUACGUAUGUUAUUAAUCUAAAUGGAAAUGACUAAAAAAUAUUCUAAAUAUUUCAAGUGCAGGUAAAAA